CUGCUUUAUACACGGUAUAGGGUUUAGGGGGUGUAUUAAAUAUAGUGCAGGGUUAUAUUUAUAAUUAUAUUUUAUUUAUUUACAGAUCUAGUUUUUAAUAUUUUACUGAAAUAUGCUGCGAUUAGGAAGAGCUGCCUGUCUUUCCCGGAGAGGGUUUAGAACUUAUCCCUGUGCAGCUGUGGAAGUUAAAAAUGAGCCAAUCCUUGAUUUCAAGCCAGGAAGCUCUGAAAGGGACGCACUCCAGAAGGCACUGAAAGAGUUAAAGGGGAAGACGGAGGAGAUCCCAUGUGUGAUUGGAGAUGAGCAUGUCUGGACGAAGGAGAUCAGAUACCAGCUUUCACCUUAUAAUCAUUCUCACAAACUGGCCAAGUUUUGUUACGCUGAUAAGGAUUUGCUCAAUAAAGCUAUCAAUGCCUGUAUGGCUGCCCGGAAGGAAUGGGACCUGAAGCCGAUUCAGGACCGAGCGCAGAUCUUCUUCAAGGCUGCCGACAUGAUCAGUGGACCCCGGAGAGCAGAGGUGCUGGCAAAGACCAUGAUCGGCCAGGGUAAGACCGUGAUCCAGGCUGAGAUCGACGCCGCACCCGAACUGAUCGACUUCUUCCGCUUCAACGCGAAGCAUGCUAUCGAGCUGCAGCACCAGCAGCCUCUCAGCAUAGAGCCCAGCACCAACACCAUGCUGUACCGCGGCCUUGAGGGAUUUGUUGCAGCUGUUUCACCCUUUAACUUCACUGCUAUCGGAGGAAACCUGGCAGGGGCGCCCGCUCUGAUGGGUAACGUGGUUCUGUGGAAGCCCAGUGACACGGCCAUGUCUGCCAGCUAUGUCGUAUAUAAGAUCCUCAGAGAAGCCGGUCUGCCCCCAAACAUCAUCCAGUUUGUGCCGGCGGAGGGGCCAGUGUUUGGGGACACAGUGACAGCCUCCGAGCACUUAGCGGGCAUCAACUUCACUGGCAGCGUGGCAACCUUCAAACGGCUCUGGAGACAGGUAGCAGAGAACCUGGACCAGUAUCGAAACUUCCCUCGCGUUGCAGGAGAGUGUGGGGGGAAGAACUUCCAUUUCGUGCACAAGUCUGCGGACGUGAGGAGCGUGGUGAACGGGACGAUCCGCUCAGCCUUCGAGUACAGCGGGCAGAAGUGCUCAGCCUGCUCCAGGAUGUACGUCCCAGACUCCCUGUGGCCCCAGAUCAAGAAGCAGAUGCUGGAGUUGCACAAGCAGCUCAAAAUGGGAGACCCUGUUGAGGAUUUCAACAAUUUCUUGUCUGCUGUUAUUGAUGACAAGUCUUUUUCCCGUAUCAAGAAGUGGCUGGACCACGCGCAGUCCUCUCCGAACUUGACCGUCGUUGCAGGGGGGAAGUGCGAUGACAAAGUCGGCUACUUCGUGGAGCCCACCAUUAUCGAGACAAAGGACCCUCGGGACUCCAUCAUGAAUGAGGAAAUUUUCGGUCCAGUCCUUACUGUGUAUGUGUACCCUGAAAAAGAAUACAAAGAAGUGCUGCGGAUGAUUGACAACACUUCCCCUUUUGCCCUCACGGGGGCAGUGUUCGCCCAGGACAAGAAUGUUAUAGCCGAGGCAUCAAAGGUUUUGAGGAACGCAGCCGGCAACUUUUACAUCAAUGACAAAUCAACGGGAUCUGUUGUGGCCCAGCAGCCGUUCGGAGGCACACGUGCUUCAGGCACCAACGAUAAGCCUGGCGGCCCCCACUAUGUGCUGCGCUGGACCAGCCCUCAGGUGGUGAAGGAGACCCACGUCCCCCUGACUGAGUGGAGAUAUCCCUACAUGGUGUAAACCAGACCCUCCCGGCAAUUUCACGCAGGAGCACAAAGCCGGGACCUUCCCAGACAAUGACAGGCUUGUCCAACUACUUUUCAAUCAACUAUUUAAAAAAAAAGAAAAAAGUGCCAGUAUUUAAAAAAUAACGUAACCGUUUUUGGACUGUUGAAUACUGGAGUAAUGCAAACCUUGCUCAGCAUACACUUGCCUUGUGAAUUCUGAACACUGCUACAGUAGAUACAAUGUCCAUAACAGCAGGCUACACUGAACUUUGCUACAGAACUAUGCUGAAAGUGUUUUUUUUAGGCCUGGUGAGAGUUUCCAGUGUCCAUCUAUUGCCGUCCAGUCCU